CUUCAUUGCAUGCAUCAGCGAUCAUAGCAUAUGGAACGGGGCACUUGUGGUUUUUGUGUGAGCUUAGCCUAUUUCGGUUCUAUUCUCAUGUAUCUUAACAUCUCUAGUGUGUUGCAUGCAAUUUAUGAUGAUGAAUUCUUCUUUAUCUGUGGUUAUACUAUGUAUAUGUCGUAUUCUUAGUUUGUGUCAUCUACAAAAGUGCUACAUGUGCAUUGAAGCAAAUGGAUUCUUCAUGGGGUUCUACCUCGCGUCACUCCUUAUUGAUCCAAUAUUGGCUAUUAAGGAGCUUGGAAUACGAUGAUCUGAUGUGAUAGAAUCACUUGUUAUACAUUAGUAUGCGUAUG